AUGGGAAGUCAUGUCUUGGUGUACGGCGGUGGGCUAUGGCUGUCUCUUUCCCGCCGUCGUUGCCGGAUAGUUAGUGGGGCCGGCGGUGACGGUGGCGCGGCGUGGCGGGUUCUGGAGCAAGUCGACGAGGAGCUGAGCAAGGGGGACGAGAGAGCUGCUUUGGGCCUCGUCAGGGAUUUGCAGGGAAAACCCGGCGGCCUCCGCUGCUUUGGCGCCGCUCCCCAGAUUCCUCAGAGGCUGUACACGCGAGACGAGUUGAGAUUGAACGGCAUAGAAACUUCUUCUCUUUUGUCUCCUGUGGACGCCACUCUGGGUUCCAUAGAGAGGGGCAUUCAGGCUGCUGCUGUCUUGGGAGGAAUUGCGGCUUGGAACUUUCUUGAGCUAAGCCCCCAACAGAUCUUUUUCUCGUCACUUGGGCUGUUGUUCCUCUGGACCUUGGAUGCGGUUACUUUCAAUGGCGGGAUCAGUUUCUUGGUUCUUGACACCCUUGGCCACUUAUUCAGCCAAAAAUACCAUAAUAGAGUUGUUCAGCAUGAGGCAGGCCAUUUCUUGAUUGCCUAUCUGCUUGGAAUUUUACCCAAGGGAUACACACUAACCAGCUUGGAGGCACUCAAAAAGGAAGGGUCUCUCAAUGUUCAAGCUGGGACUGCUUUUGUCGACUUUGAAUUUCUUGAGGAAGUGGGGAAAUUUAACUGCCAAGUCUUGGUGAGCAAAGGGAAAGUAUCAGCUACGACACUGAACAGGUUCUCGUGCAUAGCACUAGCUGGUGUGGCAACAGAGUAUCUCCUAUUUGGUGCUGCAGAAGGAGGUCUUGCGGAUAUCAACACGUUGGAUAGAUUACUUAAGAGCUUAGGCUUUACACAGAAGAAGGCGGAUGCCCAAGUUAGAUGGGCUGUACUGAAUACUGUCCUUCUCCUUCGUCGUCAUGAAAAGGCUCGGGCAAUGCUUGCAGAGGCCAUGUCUGAAGGACAAUCUGUAAGCUCUUGUGUCCAAAUGAUUGAGAAAGCCAUAGAUGUUGAUGACUUGUAAUAUAUGUGACCAACGUGUUUUUCGAUUGCUUGUGUUUUAUCAUUUAUGAUAUCGAUAACGUGUACAUUGUGUCGUGUAGUGUGGUCAUUUCAUGCUCAUUUGAUGAGUAAACACUUAUGUAGUUUCUUGUUUGUAAGACAGUAUUGCUCUGCAUAUUAAUCUGAGGCAAGCCA